AAAAGAUUCAAAUACUGACAGGCCACCGAGAGUUCGCAGACCCAGAGCUUGAAAACAUUUGGGAUAAAUUCCAUGAGUUUAACACAGUGUUCUGUCAUGUCUGACCUUUGAAGAAGUGACCUAUUCGAGAACAUCGCAGGCACCGAUCUCCAAAUGCCAAUAGGCUGUGAGAAUGAACAUCGACGUAGUGGCACGAAUACAGCCAUCUCGGCAACCAGGGCAGGGCCACAGCUUACAGAUCUCAGCGGAGGGAAAGACCAUCUACACAGCCUCAGAUGGAGGAGCUGCCUGCAGAUUUCAGGAGAUUUUUGACCAGAACGCUUCCACACAGGAAAUAUUCACCAGGACUGUGCAGCCCCUGCUCAGUGUGUUCACGGAAGGAAUGAACACCUGUGUUGUGGUUUUUGGCGAAACCGACUCUGGCAAGUUGUACACGUUGGUUGGAGACAAGAAUGAUCGAUUAGCAAUCAUACCUUUGACAAUCGAUUACAUCUUUGAUGCACCAUACCUGCAGAAAUUACAGGCCACUGCAAUGUGGUCUCUUUCAAUAUCUAUGUAUGAGAUUUACGCUGAGGUGCUGAAGGAUUUGUUAGACUCGAAUGGGACAGAUCCUGUCAACUUAAAGAUCAUGUGCAAUGCACAAGAAGGCACAUUUAUAAAGGGAUUAACCUGUGUCACUGCCUCUUCAGCAGCUGAUGCAAUAUCCAUCUUCCACCAAGGUUGGGCACGGCGCACAGGAGCAAAUGUGGACUUUGGACCCGCAGAAAGCCAAGCCACUGUUAUCACUCAACUGAACCUACUGGUGGUUUUGACAGCGUUAGCAGAUUUUGACUGGGACAAUAGCGUGGACACAUUUGGCCUGAACGUCUUUGUUCAUGAGAAAUGGAAGAUUGAGUCAAGCAUCCCAGUGCUGGUCGCUACCAGAUGGUCCUGGGUGAAUGUGCUUGCUUGUGGAAAUGAUUGCUAA